CGCGCUUCCAGAUUAACCACUUACUUGCACGAGUCUAACUUGCUUGUAACUUCGAAGACAUCAUCGCAAACCUCGCAAACAUAACGAUAGUAAAGCCAACUCUCCAACAUUGUCAAUUUCGACCGGGAGGUAUGUCGGACACUGAGGAGAUCGGACUGGGCCUCGACUCGGUAUUCACUGAGCCACCAAGACCACCAUCCCCUGAACCUACGACAGUUACAUACGUGAGGGAGGCACAGGACGGUGUCAACAACGACUGGUCAGAAGUAUCGAUUCGUCUGGUUGGCUCACAUCCGCUGUGGGGACACUACUUAUGGAAUGCAUCCCGUGCCUUUGCAUCGUACCUGAACGCCCAUCCCGAACUUUACCGGGACCGCGCUGUGCUAGAGCUCGGCGCCGGUGGUGGGCUGCCUGGAAUUGUCGCUGCAAAAAACGGCGCUCGUACGGUCGUGUUGACGGACUAUCCGGACGCAAGCCUCCUUGAAAACCUAAACUUCAACGUGAGCAAGAACGUCCCGUCAUCUUCUCAAGAAUCAUUGCGCGUUAAAGUCAAGGGCUACAUCUGGGGCCGCCCAGUUGGGCCGUUGCUGGAAUCUCUAGACGUAGAUAGAACAAAGUACGAUCUCAUCAUCAUGUCCGAUCUCAUCUUCAAUCAUUCUCAGCACGAUGCGCUGUUGAAGACGUGCGAGGAAACACUGUCUUCCAACAAAUCAAACGAGGGGGCGGAACCAGGCCUCUUAGUCUUCUACACGCAUCACAGACCACACCUAGCGCAUCGCGAUAUGGAGUUUUUCAGCAAAGCCAAGGAGCGCGGAUGGGAUUAUGAAGAGAUUCUUACUCAAAGGUUUCCUCCUAUGUUCCCCGAAGACCCCGGAGAAGAGGAGGUACGAGCUACUGUGCAUGGCUGGCGGCUCACCCGUCGGUCAUGACCCCGAAGCUGUGGUUAAGGAUCAUUAUGGGGGAUGAGGGCAUCAAGUCCUACCGUAGCGUACUUAUGUUUCGCCGUAAAGUGGACCAUUAGAUGUGUACAUUCAAGUUGGGAAAAGAGGCUUGGGCUAGGCCUGCUGUUGCCGGCCGGCUUGCGGUGAGCGCACACUGAGUAGUCAAAUAAGUUAG